AUGGCCCAGCCAAAUCCCUACCUCCUUGCUUGCGACAACCCCGCGGCACUAUUGGACCUGUUGCGAUCCAAUCCCGCAAUCGCAUCCUGCCAGGAUGAGUCCGGAUACUCGCUUCUCCACGCAGCCGCUUCCUACGGUCACACCGAUCUCCUUCGUGCGCUUGUGAAAGAGUUCAACGUCAAUGUCAACCUAGUCGAUGAAGAUGGUGAAACAUGCCUGUUCGUAACAGAGCAGCCCAAGGUUGCCCGAUGCCUAAUUGAGGAACUUGGCGUGGACUAUAACAAGACAAACGACGAAGGCAUGAAGGCAUAUGAGAAGAUGGAAUCCGAAGAAGAGAACCCUGGCGUGUCUGCCUACCUUCGCGAAGUCAGUGGUGUUCCUGCUGCCCCUGUGGCCGACUCACCUGCAGGCCCAUUAAAUGCCCCACAGCCCAUUCCCGGCAACAUGCAGGUCAAUGUUGGCACUAUGUCAGAGCAGGAACUCAAUGAUGGAGAAGCCCAGGUGGAUCCUGAAUUUAAGAGAAGGAUUGAUGAGUUGGCUGCUCGCGAUGACUUCCACAGCGAGGCCACCCAAAAUGAGCUACGUGAGCUAGUGAUGGAUGCUAUUGCAAGCUCAAGCAUUGAGACCAAUGAGCGCGAAUCCCGCCAAAGGAUCGAAUAG